AUGAACUGGAUACAACGGAGGCCGGGAGAUCCUGAAGUAACUGCCUUCUUUGAAGAAACAACCGAAGAGUGCUUUAACAAGUGCGUAAGCACUAUAGCCCAUCCUCUUAACAAGAAGGAGAAGAAAUGCAUUGAACAGUGCACUCUCAUUCGUUUAGAAAGGCUCAGAGAUAUUGAGCAGGCAAUAGCCAGUCAUAUUCAGAAGAAGAACAAGUAA